AUGUGCUCCCGGCAGGAGAAGGACCAGUGCCACUCAUACACCCGCCAGAGCAGCUCUGGGGGCUGCCACAGCUCUGGGGGCAGCUCUGGGGGCUGCCACAGCUCCAGGAGCAGCUCUGGGGGCUGCCACAGCUCUGGAGGUGGUGGCUGUCACAGCUCUGGGGGUGGUGGUGGCUGUCACAGCUCUGGAGGUGGUGGUGGCUGUCACAGCUCUGGAGGUGGUGGUGGCUGUCACAGCUCUGGAGGUGGUGGCUGCCACAGCUCUGGUGGCUCCAGCUGCCACGGGAAGCCCCAGAUGCAGGUCCAGCAGCAGCAGCAGCAGCAGCAGCAGAUACCCCAGAUGCCCCAGCAGAAGAUGAAGUGA